AUGCUACUGGUCACUGGCAGACUGGCGGCAGUGGACACUGGUACUUUAUCAGUGGUCACUGAGGUUCCAAAUCCCUGCAAGCCAAAUCCAUGUAAAAAUGGUGGACAAUGCAACGUAUUGGGUAACAUUUACACCUGUAAAUGCAAGCCUGCGUUUGGUGGUAACAAUUGCGAACAUUCUCAAACAACAUGCUCUGCGUCUGGUGAUCCUCAUUACACCUCGUUUGAUGGCAAAAGAUUUGAUUUCAUGGGAGAUUGUGAAUACGAGUUUGCAAAAGACUGUAGUAAAAACAAACUUUUUACUGUCCUUACCAAAAAUGUGCGUUGUGGACGGCGCGUUACCUGUACAGCGGCUGUUAAGAUUAUUAUAGCUGGAUACUUCAUUCAGCUGACACGUGAGCGUGGAACAGUAGUUGUAAACGGAAUUAAGCUGACGAAAUUCCCAAUAAUCCGUCCAGGAUUCAAAAUCACCAAUCCCAGUUGGAGAUGGUUGAUUUUCACCACAGAUAUCGGAAUGACAGUGGGUUGGAACUUUGGGUCGUACGUAAAAGUCACCGUUUCUGGAAAAUACAAGGGAAUGAUUUGCAACACAUCUCUAUGUGGCAACAACAAUGGUCGUCAAGACGACGACCAUUACUACAGUAGAAAAUGUGCUCCACCACCAACACCAUGUAUCCCUGAUUCCACAAAGAAAGCUGUGAUUGAUAAAUGUCAUUUGAUGAGCGAUCCCAGCUCACCAUUCCAUGGUGCAUGUAACCGUUAUUUUGAUCCAGUAAAUUUGAUCAGUAAUUGUAAAUAUGACGCAUGUCGCUGCACCGAUCCAAUGGAAUGUGUUUGUAACGCUUUCGCUGCUUACAGUAAACUUUGUGUUGAAUAUGGUGGUCUUAUUGACUGGAGAUUCAAUGGAACUUAUUUGUAUCCAAAACUCAAAGAAUGUGAGCAAACAUGCAGUAACAAAGGAGAAAUUUUCACAGAAUGUGGAUCUGCUUGUGCGAAAACAUGUCGUGAUAUAUCACGUGGUAUAAGAUGCAGUGAAAUCUGCAUUCCCGGAUGUCAUUGUCCCAAAGGAUCUUACUUGGAUGACAAGAAUCGUUGUGUUCCUAUGAAGAGAUGCCCAUGUUUCUUUGAAGGAAAAUACUAUAAGCCUGGCGAAAAUGUCAAAGUUGGACGAUGUAAAACCUGUACGUGUAAUAUGGGAGCUAUGGCUUGUGUUGAAGAUCGAAACUGCUCCUCUAAGGGUCCUUGUGAGUCUUUCCCGUGUAAAAAUGAUGGUUUUUGUAUUGAGGAAGGAAAUAAUUUCACUUGCAUUUGUGCCAAGGAAUAUCAAGGAAAGACUUGUGAAGAGUUAAAGCCAACACCGUGUGACUCAGGUCCUUGUAAAAACAACGGUACUUGUACAAACAAAGGCGAUAACUUUACAUGUGAAUGUGCUGAUGGUUUUGAAGGCAAAACUUGUGAAGUCAUGAACGCUUGUGCCAAAGAACCAUGUAAGAAUGACGGUGUUUGUGCAAGUAAUGGGUCUUCUUAUCAAUGUGAAUGUAAAUUUGGUUUUAUGGGAAAGAAUUGCCAAUAUAUGGAUGCUUGUGCUAAAGAACCAUGUCAAAAUAAUGGUACUUGUACAAGUGUUGGGUCCUCCUAUCAAUGCAACUGUACAUCUGGUUUCAAUGGAAAGAAUUGUGAGGUUAUGAUCAUGUCAUCGUAUAAAGAGUGCAGAGAGUAUCAAUUGUUGAACGAGAGUACCAGAAAUGUUGAAUAUCGUCAAGGUGGAAGUUUACAAUGUGACAGACGUCUCACAAAAGGAUGGUACAGAUUUGGUGGUGGAGCUGGAACCAAAAUGUCUGAAUCCUGCGUUCCAAAAAAUCGAUGUGGCACGCAUGCCCCUGGAUGGUUAAAUGGAACUCAUCCCACUGUGGAUGAAGGAAAUGUGACCAGAAAUGUCUGCUAUCAUUGGCGUAGUAAAUGUUGCUUAUGGUCAAAUGCUAUUAACGUCAUAAACUGCGGUCCAUAUUUUGUUUACAAUUUAGGUACUACGCGAUUCUGCUAUUUAAGGUAUUGUGGCACAGACUAAAACACAACAAUUGUGUUGGACAUUUAUGUAGUCUUACUGAGCUUAUUCUUAUCCUACAAGGCGCACGAAUAAUAUGAUUUAUAGAAUUUAGGUUAAACCAACUUCGCUUUGGGAAAUUUAUUUCUUGUAUUUUUAUUAAUUGCACGUUAGACCAUUAAAGUUUUUGCAUAAAAUGUA